UAGCAUUAUUUAUAUACACAAAUUCAUAAUUGGAACAAGGGUCAUAGAGAAUAUAUAAAGAUAACAGAAAGAGAGUAGAGAGAUGAAAAAAUGGAUGUCUUUGGUGAUGAUGAUACUGUUGUUGUUAAUAUCGUUGAAAACUAUGGGACAAAGCUUUGGAGUUGAAGGUGCAGAAGAAGUGACAUACGAUGGAAGAUCUCUUAUCAUCAAUGGCCACAGAAAUAUUCUCUUCUCUGGUUCUAUUCAUUAUCCCCGCAGCACCCCUCAGAUGUGGGGAGACUUGAUAGCGAAAGCAAAACAAGGAGGAUUGGAUGUUAUUCAAACGUAUGUGUUUUGGAAUCUUCAUGAACCUCAACCCGGCAAGUAUGAUUUCAGCGGAAGAUAUGACUUGGUGAGAUUCAUAAAAGAAAUUCAAAGUCAAGGACUUUAUGUUUGUCUUAGAAUUGGACCCUUCAUUGAAAGUGAAUGGACAUAUGGAGGAUUUCCAUUUUGGCUACAUGAUGUCCCUGGCAUUGUUUACCGAACAGACAAUGAGCCAUUUAAGUUCUACAUGCAAAAUUUUACAACAAAAAUUGUCAACAUGUUGAAAGAAGAAGGUUUAUAUGCUUCACAAGGAGGUCCAAUUAUAUUGUCACAGAUUGAGAAUGAAUAUCAAAACGUAGAAAGAGCAUUUGGUAAGGCAGGAUCGCGGUAUGUUGAAUGGGCCGCAAAAAUGGCAGUAGGCCUUAAUACCGGUGUACCGUGGGUUAUGUGCAAGCAAACAGAUGCUCCUGAUCCUGUGAUCAACACAUGCAAUGGUAUGAAAUGUGGAGAAACUUUUACAGGACCAAACUCUCCUAAUAAGCCUGCAAUGUGGACAGAGAACUGGACAUCAUUCUAUCAAGUGUAUGGGGGAUUGCCAUAUAUACGGUCUGCGGAAGACAUUGCAUUUCAUGUCACUCUUUUUAUCGCAAGAAACGGAAGUUUUAUCAAUUACUAUAUGUAUCACGGUGGAACAAACUUUGGGAGAACCGGCUCUGCUUAUACUAUAACAGGUUAUUAUGAUCAAGCACCGCUCGAUGAAUAUGGUUUGUUCAGACAACCAAAGUAUGGACAUCUCAAGGAGUUGCAUGCAGCAAUCAAGUCUUGUUCAACCACUUUAUUACAAGGAGUGCAGAGGAAUUUCUCUUUAGGUGAAUUGCAGGAAGGUUAUGUUUUUGAAGACAAAAAUGGAGGAUGUGUUGCAUUCCUUAUAAACAAUGAUAUACGGAACAAUGUUACUGUCCAAUUCCGCAAUAGUUCAUAUGACUUGCUCCCCAAGUCAAUAAGUAUCUUACCAGAUUGUCAAAAUGUAGCUUUCAAUACUGCUAAUGUAACUACAACCAGCAACAGAAGAAUCAUAACUUCGAGACAAAACUUCAGCUCAGUUGAUGAAUGGCAACAAUUUCAAGAUGUGAUUCCGAAUUUCGCUGACACUUCAUUAAGAUCAAACUCAUUACUCGAGCAAAUGAAUACAACUAAAGACACUUCUGAUUACCUUUGGUAUACUCUUAGGUUUGAAAACAAUUUAUCUUGCAGUGCUCCAAUACUUCUUGUUCAUUCUGCUGCUCAUGUUGCUCAUGCUUUUGUCAACAACACAUUCAUUGGAGGUGUGCAUGGAAACCAUGAUGUGAAGACAUUUACAUUAGAGGUUCCGGUUAUAUUAGACGAAGGAAUAAACAACAUCUCUAUUCUCAGCGUUAUGGUUGGACUUCCGGAUUCGGGCGCAUUUCUAGAAAGAAGAUUUGCUGGUUUAAUGAACGUGGAACUUCAGUGCAGUGAAGAAGAGACUCUUAACUUGAACAAUUCUACAUGGGGAUAUCAGGUUGGAUUACUUGGAGAACAAUUAGAAGUAUAUGAAGAACAAAAUAGCCGAGACGAUAAAUGGACUGAACUCGGGAAUAUCAUGAUUGAUGAAACUACUCUUACUUGGUACAAGACAACAUUCGAGACACCGAAAGGAGAUGAUCCUGUUGUGUUAGACCUUAGCUCAAUGGGGAAAGGUGAGGUUUGGAUAAAUGGACAAAGCAUUGGUCGCUAUUGGAUUUUGUUUCAUAAUUCCAAAGGCAAUCCUUCACAAUCAUUGUAUCAUGUUCCUCGGUCUUUCCUUAAAGACAGUGAAAAUAGUUUGGUUUUGUUUGAGGAAGGUGGUGGGAACCCUCUUGGUAUAUCAUUGAAUACUGUUUCAGUUACUGAUUUACAAGAUGAUUUUUCUAAGUUAUCACUUCCCACUUUUACUUAACGUUACAGAGAGAAUAUAAAACACAUAAGUAAAUCAUACUUAUAGAAUAUGUUUCCUUAACAUUUUAACUUGGCUUGUACACAUGAAAAAUAGAAUACAUGUUAUAUUGAAACCUAUGCAGUUCUGGAUUGAUUCUUUGAAAUCCCAAUGCUCACUCUUUGUACACCAAAAUAAUUAAUCUAAAGGAAAUUGUUAUUUAAUUGGAAAUUGAAUUUCAUUUGACCUCUCUUGAUCUCUUCUGACUAUAAUUGAAAAUUGUAAUAUUUAAUUUAAAGAAAUUAUAUGUAAUAGUUUAGGCAUCAUUUUUAUACACCAAAAUUUGAAGGAAAAAAAUUUAGACAUAUUUCCAAUCAAAUUAUUAUAUCUCGAUACUAUUAUUAUUCUUUAUUCUAAAGCAUCCCCACAAAUGCUUAUAAAGUUAGAUGUAUGGACGUAAGUGUUAAAAGUUUAUCAAUUAAAAUUUUUUUUUAUCAAAUACGAAUUCUAUUUUUACCAGAAAGAAGCUUCUCUUAAGGCUUACUUACAACUCUGCUAUUAAUAUUCAUUUGUGCUGGAGGUUUCUUAACAACAAUCAGAGCUGGACUAAUCUGCUUAAGGCCAGGGUUAAAAGAAAUGGCAAGGUCAUUAAGUAUUCAAUAAAGUCUUCAAUUUGGAUUGGCAUUAAAGAAGCUCAUGAAACAGUCUGAAAUAAUUGCAUUUGGAUCAUUGGGAAUGGUAGGAAUUUGAAUUUCUGGUUGGACAAUUGGCUUGGUGAAAAUCUAGCCUGCAAGUAUAAAAUUUCGGAAUGGUUUCAUUAUGCUUUAACUUCAACUGUUAGGGAUUCGUGGUCUAACAAUGCUUGGUCAAUCAAUAGUAACAUUCAAAUGGCUCUUCCUACUCUCCUAAACUCAAUUUCUAACAUAUCUAUUCUUGAGGUUGAAGUUCCCGAUGCUUUUGUUUGGAGGCAUAAAGCUAAUGGCAUUUUGACUAUUAAGGAUGCAUACAACUUGAUUCUCAAGUCGUGUCCUUCGGUUAGCAUGUCAUCCUUUCCUUGGACAAGGAUUCUCCUCCCUCACAUUCAAUGAUUAUUUGGAGAUACAUCCACCAUAAGAUUCCAACUGAUGAAAACCUGA